UAGGCCGGUGAGCUCAUGGCAAAGGCGCCCAGCUGCGGGGUGGGUGCUCUGGCCUAUAAAGCCCCCAAGCCCCUGUGGCCUGCAGAGGUGGUUAUGGACAGCACCAUGGAGGACUCCGAGGCAGUGCAGAGGGCCACGGCGCUCAUUGAGCAGCGACUGGCACAGGAGGAGGAGAAUGAGAAACUCCGGGGAGCCGAACGCCAGAAGCUGCCCAUGGACUUGCUGGUGCUGGAGGAUGAGAAGCACCACGGGGCUCAGAGUGCAGGCCUACAGAAGGUGAAGGGCCAAGAGCGCGUGCGCAAGACAUCCCUGGACCUGCGGCGAGAGAUCAUCGACGUGGGCGGGAUCCAGAACCUCAUCGAGCUGCGGAAGAAACGCAAGCAGAAGAAGCGGGACGCCCUGGCCGCCUCGCAUGAGCCGCCCCCGGAGCCCGAGGAGAUCACCGGCCCUGUGGAUGAGGAGACCUUCCUGAAAGCCGCGGUGGAGGGGAAAAUGAAGGUCAUUGAGAAGUUCCUGGCUGACGGGGGGUCCACUGACACGUGCGACCAGUUCCGUCGGACAGCACUGCACCGAGCCUCCCUGGAAGGCCAUGUGGAAAUCCUGGAGAAGCUUCUGGAUAGUGGGGCCACUGUGGACUUCCAGGAUCGGCUGGACUGCACAGCCAUGCAUUGGGCCUGCCGUGGUGGCCACUUAGAGGUGGUGAAACUUCUGCAAAGCCGAGGAGCAGAUACCAAUAUGAGGGAUAAGCUGCUGAGCACCCCCCUGCAUGUGGCAGUCCGGACAGGGCGCGUGGAGAUUGUGGAGCACUUUCUAUCCCUGGGCCUGGACAUCAAUGCCAGAGACAGAGAAGGAGACACUGCCCUGCAUGACGCUGUGAGACUCAACCGCUACAAAAUCAUCAAACUGCUGCUCCUGCAUGGAGCUGACAUGAUGACCAAGAACCUGGCAGGAAAGACCCCCACGGACCUGGUGCAGCUGUGGCAGACUGAUACCCGGCACGCCCUGGAGCAUCCUGAGCCGGGGGCUGAGCAUAACGGGCUGGAGGGGCCUGAUGAGAGUGGGCGGGAGACCCCCCAGCCCGUGCCAGCCCAGUGAACCCCUGCCCCAGCCCAGCCAGCUACCUGGCCCCUCCCUGUGUGCAGCCAGAGGAUCCUAAGAAUGUCUCCCAGAGCUCACCGAGGGCCCAGCCUUUCCUCUGCGUGGUGCAGGAGCACCCACAAACUACCACAAUAAAAAGGCUGUUUUUGCUAA